AUGAUGAGACGACGCCUACUGUCGACCGCUGCUCUUGACCACUGGAUUUCCGUCCCCAAGCAAGUAACUCUACGGGACACCUUCAGCCUGGAAAAACUCUCGGACCUCUACAUCACUCUGCCAACUCGAGACGGUAGCCGCGGCAACGCUUAUGCUCCGCCGACUCUUUCGAGUUCACUGGGAUCUGGUGCUCACUUGGCCUUCUUUCACCCUCGGAAUCCCGAAACGGCCCUGCGUCCAGAUGGCACAGAUGCAGAAUUUUGUCCCCCUGGCUUCGAACGAAGAAUGUGGGCGGGUGGUCGCAUGAGCUGGAAUGUCCAGAAACCGCUUCUUGCUGGUGCUAGCGCUACUUCUGUGUCGACCAUUGGUGCCGUCGAAAAGAAAGGCUUCGAUAAAGGUUCUCCGAUGGUGUUUGUCAAGCAGAAAAUAGAGAUCACCAUGGACGGUCAUGAAUCACCCUCUGUGGUAGAAGAAAGAUCACAUGUCUAUCUCCCUGGACCGCUUCCCCCCACCAAAUCCCCACGGAAAGUCGAAGAUCUUCCCUCUAAAGCGGAUUUCAGCUUCACGUUCACUCCAACUCUGUCUACGCUAUUCCGUUUCUCUGCGCUGACCUUCAACGGCCACCAUAUCCAUCUGGACAAGGACUACGCUCGUUCCGAAGGCUAUCCAGAGAGACUUGUUCAUGGGCCGUUGACCGCGCUCAUGCUUCUGGAGACGACGAUGAUGCACACAGCAAACGCGAGCAUUGCCAACUUUGAGUACAGAGCGCGAAAUCCGAUAAUAGUGAAUCGACCCAUGACUAUAUGUGGUGCUUGGACAUCGGGCCAGAAAUCUGUUAUUUUAUGGGCUGUGGAUGGAGAAGGUGUAGUCGGGAUGACGGGCAAGAGCACUUCAAAAUCACUUCCAACACUAUUUUGUCCACCAGAGACAAUAUACGUCUCUCUCACAGACAAAAAAGCCCAAUUUACCAGUGUUCAAGCAGCGGUUCAGUCUUUACCGCAGGAUGAAACUCCUCGGUUCAUCCUCAUUGGAGCUGGCGAAUACCUGGAAGCAGUCAACGUUACUCGAACGGGGCAGACGAUUUUAUUGGGCCAGUCUGACCAUACGCAGUCCUACGCACAUAACCUUGUCACCAUCUUCAACACCACCUUCAUCAACCAGACCACACAAAUCUCGAGCUUACAAGACAACGCCGAUUCGGCGGUGUUGACUGUUGCUCCAAACAAAUAUGCGGCGUGGACAGGCCAAGGCUAUUACGGGGGCACCCCUGUCUCCAUCCCUAACGAGUUUGGGUGCAAAGACUUCCGCGCGUAUAACAUCAACUUCGAGAAUCGAGCGAACAACGGUGGUGUGGGGCCAGCAUUGGCGCUCGGAAUAGGCUUUUCCAACGCGUCGUUUUACGCGUCGACUUUUCGAGGCAUGCAAGACACGAUGUUCAUCGGAAAGAACGCAAGCGCCGUCUUUCGAAAGAGUCAAGUGCUUGGCUCUGUGGACUACAUCUAUGGCUUCGGGACAGCGUAUUUCGACGAGAGCCUAAUGGGUACGCGUGGUGCAGGAUGCGUUACCGCUUGGAAAGGAACACCGAACUACACCAACACUUAUGGGGCGUAUUUCUCUCGAUCAGCCGUCGUCCGCUCCCCAGAUGCCAACGCGAAUCUCAACCUAACAGGCAAGCAAACCCUGGGACGACCGUGGAAUAAUGCCAGCGUGGUUGUCUAUAUGGAUUCAUUCAUGGACGAGACAAUCAAUCCUGCUGGUUUCCAGAUUUGGUCGCCAACUGAUCCACGAAACGAGACUAUAUAUUACGCAGAACAAGGAUCACACGGUCCUGGAUUCAACGCAUCAACACGCGUCUCCUUUGAUCAUCUGCUCACUGCUCAAGAGGCUCGCCAAAAGUUCUCAGUGGAGAAAAUCUUCGGAGGCAAACCGGGAUGGGUUGACUGGGAGUUCUGA